GAAAUUUCAAAAAGGAGUAUAUGUAAACAAAUGGCGAUCACCUUCCGUAGUUUUUAGUUUUUAAGGUUUUUAUCAAAAAAUUAAAAAAAUCCCCCAAAAAUCGAAAUGGACAGUGUGGAGCGCAAAAAAAUUCUUUCGCGAGGAUGGAUAAGCGGCCAUGAAAUGCUGGAACACCAUGCUGCCAAUCAUGAUCUCCUCACUCAGCCAAAACGGUUUGUAAACACCGCGGAAGAAGCUGUUUCGUUGGGCAGCAUCUCGGAAUUGAAAGAUAGCUUUCGUCGGAUUCUAGCACAGCAGCGUAUCAACCGGGAGGCCGGCUGUUCCGAAGGCGAAUGGGAACCAGAGCAGCAACGGGUUCGCAUUGUCAAAGCCGUUGGAAAAUGGAAUGUCUACGGAUAUGGCCAGGACGGGCAGCACUACUUGGAUGGCUAUGAAGCACUGCAUUUGAUGGAAAUGAAUCGUCUAAUUGUCUAUUGGAAUUCGGUUCCGUUUUCGAUCGAACAGGCUUAUUUGCUCUUUCUUGGCCAUGCAACUACCCUCAGUUUAGAGGAAUAUCAAGUGUACAGCAGACUGAUGCGGUGUGGAUACUAUCUUCUUAAAUACGACCCUACUCGAAAAUAUCGAUCCGUCCCGGUACCAGAGAUUAAAAUGGACGACGAAGAAAAAUGUAUCUGGAAAAAUCUUUUCGAACUACUUAGGCAACCCCAUCCUUUGAAUACCGAUAAAAGUAUUGAUGAGAGCACAUUUUGUAGCAUCAGACAAUCCAUGACGCAUCAUAGCGAACGAAUUAAAAGUCAGGUGAAAAUAGCCGACGAAAUUGAAGGCAGUUCGAAUACAGAAAACGAUGCAGAACCCAGUCCUAAACGAUUGAGAUUCGAAGAAAUCCAACCAUCACGUAUUACAAAGCUUGAUAGAAUGAUCCAAUUGUUUGAGAAAAUCGAUGUUAUCAAAAGCAAUCUAAGGCUAGAGCCCAGUGAUAACUUGGCUAAUGACGGACAAUCACCGAAACUUACUUUUGAUGUGUAUUCCACUGAAGGCGCUGUGUUUCGAAAAAGUGAGCCACCGAUACCUGAAUAUCGCAUCAUUGUGAGAUCAUUCCACGAACCAUUACUGCUAGCGAAAGACAUCUCCCGGUUGUAUCAAUCUCAAGUUAAGCCUGCGGUGCCAAUAUUGAUGAUGCAAGUGUCUGAAACUUUGUCGGUGCAUUGUUUCCUGUACCAGUACCAUUUGCUUCCAAAAAUUUUGAUAAAAGUGUCCGAGGAUAGCCAUCCAAUUGUUUCAAACGAAAAUAACGACUCCGAAUGUGAUUCGGAAUGACUCCAAAGCGGUAAGUCAAUUUUAUUUUUUCCCUUAUAACCUAAUAAAACAAAAAAAA